GUUGGGUGCGGAGGAAGCAGCCGACCUGAGUGAUGGAUAGAUGGGAAGAGGACUGCGUUGGGAAGAGAAGAGUUUGUCAGAUACAGUCAAAGGUUCUCCCUGCGUGCUGCACAGAGCCAUUCAAGCCUAUGGAAUGACAUUUCCGAGACCCUCAGCCUGCAAAAAGCUGACGACCGUGUGUGCGUAAAGCCAGCGUGGACGGCCUGAAGGAUGGGUAAAGACUUCCGCUAUUAUUUCCAGCAUCCGUGGUCUCGCAUGAUAGUGGCUUACCUGGUGAUCUUCUUUAACUUCUUAAUAUUUGCGGAGGACCCAGUUUCUCACAGCCAAACAGAAGCCAAUGUUAUUGUUGUUGGAAACUGUUUUUCAUUUGUAACAAAUAAAUACCCUAGAGGAGUUGGCUGGAGGAUCUUGAAGGUGCUUCUAUGGCUACUGGCCAUUCUCAUAGGACUAAUAGCUGGCAAAUUCCUGUUCCAUCAGCGCUUGUUUGGUCAGUUGCUCCGGUUGAAAAUGUUCCGCGAAGACCAUGGGUCGUGGAUGACGAUGUUCUUCAGCACUAUUCUGUUUCUCUUCAUAUUCUCUCACAUAUACAACACCAUUCUUCUGAUGGACGGGAACAUGGGAGCUUAUAUCAUUACAGACUACAUGGGCAUCCGCAAUGAAAGUUUCAUGAAAUUAGCUGCCGUAGGGACCUGGAUGGGGGACUUUGUCACAGCUUGGAUGGUCACUGACAUGAUGCUUCAGGACAAACCCUACCCAGACUGGGGAAAAUCAGCAAGAGCUUUCUGGAAGAAAGGAAAUAUUAGGAUCAUUUUAUUCUGGACUGUCCUUUUCACCCUGACUUCCGUGGUGGUACUUGUUAUUACAACUGACUGGAUCAGCUGGGACAAGCUGAAUCGUGGAUUUUUGCCCAGUGAUGAGGUUUCCAGAGCAUUCCUCGCAUCUUUCAUCCUGGUCUUUGACCUCCUUAUUGUGAUGCAGGACUGGGAAUUCCCCCACUUCAUGGGUGAUGUUGAUGUGAAUCUCCCUGGGUUGCACACUCCUCACAUGCAGUUCAAGAUUCCUUUCUUCCAGAAGAUCUUCAAGGAGGAAUAUCGCAUCCACAUAACAGGUAAAUGGUUUAACUACGGAAUUAUCUUUCUCGUCUUGAUUUUGGAUCUGAAUAUGUGGAAGAACCAAAUAUUUUAUAAACCUCACGAAUACGGACAGUACAUUGGCCCAGGGCAGAAGAUAUACACAGUAAAGGACUCAGAGAGUUUGAAGGAUUUAAACAGAACCAAGCUAUCGUGGGAAUGGAGGUCCAAUCACACUAAUCCUCAGACUAAUAAAACCUAUGUGGAGGGAGACAUGUUCUUACACAGCAGGUUCAUCGGGGCUAGCCUGGAUGUCAAGUGUCUGGCUUUUGUUCCAAGUCUGAUAGCUUUUGUGUGGUUUGGAUUCUUCAUUUGGUUCUUUGGACGGUUUUUGAAAAAUGAACAAGGCAUGGAGAAUCAAGACAAGACCUACACACGCAUGAAAAGGAAAUCCCCAUCGGAGCACAGUAAAGACAUGGGAAUGACCCGAGAGAACACCCAGGUCUCGGUGGAAGACCCAUUGAAUGACCCUCCUUUGGUUUGCAUUAGGUCUGAUUUCAACGAGAUUGUCUACAAGUCUUCCCAUCUGACUUCAGAAAACUUGAGCUCACACUUGAAUGAACUGACCAGUGCAGCAGAAGCUGACCAAGACCCAACGACGUCUCAAAGUACGCGUAUGAGCUAGAUUCACUUAGGAGGAAACAGCACAAAAAGCAACCUUGAGCGUAACUUUAAAACCUUAGUCUUUCAUUUUGUAAAUGUAAGGUUUACAUAGCAUUAAAGAAACACAAACAAUGCCGCAAGGGUGCUCAACAUGCUUUUUCUAGAUUCAUUGUUUUCUAUUUGUAUUACGAUACACGCGCCUUCUGUAUGUUUAACGGUCUCUAGAGAUUAACUGCACAAGCUAUUUCCUGACUUUACAGCAUAGUAGAUUAGCCGAUUCCCCAUGUAUCUGAUGUUCAACCAUAGUGGUGCCUUGGGACAUUAAACUGUUUUUAACUGUCCAGACAUGAAGUGUAGAAUGAUUGCCCAACAUAUUUCACAUGGGAUUUUUUUAUACAAUUAUUUUGAUUUACACUUGGUGUCUGAGCAGGAAACAGACAUAGCUAAAUGUGGUUGAGAGAAGAUCUUAGUUUAUUGUUUAGUAGCAAAGUGGUGACUUUGACACUUAGACUGCAGAGAACUAUGGUGGUUGCCUUUUAAAUUUUAUUGGCUGUCUGCCAAAUAUAAAUACAAGUGAAAAAAUCAGUAAGAGAGAAACUGUAAUCCAUCACGGGUCACUGCUCACCAAACUUGACUUUGGCGAGCAGUAAUUGCAGUUAGGUGAUAAUACCUAAUUAAAGAUAAACUGCUACCUGAUUAACAGGCUUGCCCUUUUCCUUUGGGAAACAAAGGUUAAGAGGCACAGUGGGGUGAACUUUCAGAUUUAUUGGCAUCUCCACAAAGUCCCCAACGACCAAGGAACUGAAGCAUUAGUCCUAUGAAGGUUUCAUGGCCAGUGUCUGCAAUAUUGUACGUUUUGCUGUAAAUAUGGUUCUGGACACUGAAUGAAAAAAGUCUAAUGCAAAUGUUGAGCAAGGGAAUUCUAAAAACCAUUCACUGGAAGCUCAGUGGGAAAACCGUACCAGAGUCUGUUUAAAGUCUUUCGUGUAUGUGCAUUUUUGUUUUAGUUUCAUUUUUUUAAAGACGUAAACAUCGCACAUUAAUAAAUAAGAAUUAU